UUAGACCACGUGCGCUUCUGCCGCUGCCUGUUGAGUCUACAGCUGGGAGACCGCUGCUGCCGCCGCCGCCAUGGGACUGGGGGCUGCAGCGGCGGGGGAUGCCUUGCGAGGCGCAGUCUGGGGGUCCGGCGUGCGGGUGAGGUUCGCGCCCAGCCCCACAGGAUUCCUGCACCUAGGUGGCCUGCGGACUGCUUUGUACAACUACAUUUUUGCCAAGAAACACCAAGGGAGCUUCAUCCUCAGACUGGAGGACACAGACCAAAGCCGGGUGGUGCCCGGGGCUGCUGAAGGCAUAGAAGAUAUGCUGGAAUGGGCAGGCAUCCCACCCGAGGAGAGUCCUCGCCGGGGCGGCCCAGCGGCCCCCUACCAGCAAUCCCAGCGACUCAACUUAUACAGGGAAGCCGCGGAGCUGCUUCUGGAGAAGGGGGCUGCCUACCGCUGCUUUUGCCCCCCCCAGCGCCUGGAGCUACUGAAGAAAGAGGCGCUGAGGAACCGGCAGACGCCGCGAUAUGACAACAGGUGCCGCCACCUGAGCCCCAAGCAGGUGGCUGAGAAGGUGUCUCAGGGCGCUGACUCUGUCAUGCGCUUCCGCCUGGAGGAGAACUCGGAACCCUUCUGCGACCUGAUCCACGGCUGGAGCAAGCAUGUUGUCGCCAGCGUCGAAGGGGAUCCGGUGAUCCUGAAGAGCGAUGGCUUCCCCACCUACCACCUGGCCAACGUGGUGGAUGACCACGUCAUGGGGAUCAGCCAUGUCCUGCGGGGGGCAGAGUGGCUCAUCUCCACCUCCAAGCACCUCCUCCUCUACAGGGCCUUUGGCUGGGACCCACCUCAAUUUGGCCACCUCCCGCUGCUCCUGAACAAAGACGGCAGCAAACUUUCCAAGAGGCAAGGGGACAUCUUUGUGGAGCAGCUUGCGCAGGAUGGCUGGUUGCCCGAAGCCCUGCUGGACAUCAUGACAAAUUGUGGCUCUGGAUUUGCAGAUAACCGGAUGGGCAGGACGUUGAAGGAGCUGACUGAGGAGUUCAACGUGAGCAGGAUCGAAAGGCACUCGGCCCUGCUGGAUCUUGAGAAGCUGUCUGAGUUCAACAGGAUCCACCUGACCCGUCGGAUUGAAGAUGACCUGCAACGGCAAGAGCUGGUGGCAGAGGUGCAGGCCUCUGUGGAGGAGACCUAUGGGAGCCAGGUGGUAGACCGGGAGGUCCUUGAGAAGAGCUACGUGGAGCAGGUGCUGCUGCUUAGAAUGGGUCACAUAAGCCGCCUCAAGGACUUGGUGUCACCCAAGUAUUCUUUCUUGUGGAUCCGGCCCUCCGUGCCUCACGAGGAGCUGCAAACCAUUUCAGCAGAGGCAGACAAAAUAGGAAGGCUGGUUCUCAGGUUGCUGGAACAGCCGGUGGCUGCUCUGACCCCAGAGGAGCUGGGCAAAGACCUGAGGCGGCUGCAGGAGCAGAUAAGUGGGACCCAGUACAGUGGCAUGAUGAGACUUCUCCGCUUGGCCCUCAGUGGCCAGAAGGAAGGACCCAGCGUUGCUGAGAUGAUGGUCUCCUUGGGGCGCAGAGAGGCUAGCGCACGGAUCCAGAGAGCCCUUUGCAGCUGACCUGUUGAAGCAAAACAGCCAACCGAACUUUCAAUAGAGCUUCCAUGUCAAGCCUUCCACGAAGCUCAAACACCUUCCUGUGGACUGCAGAGCAUCCCACAGCCAUGGACUUGACCACUUCUCUCUCUCUUUUUAAAAGUGCUCUGGGGUUGGCAGCCUGGCAUUGGCACUGAGACCCUAAGGGGAUUUCCGGUUCUAGUUGAGUCUGACGUGGCAUUAAUAAAAAAAGCAAAAACACUGGCUGGAGGUCAAAGUGCCGUUGUGACUGCUUUCCACGUGGCCUCGCAGCUGGGCAUUCCUUCGGGGCUGGGGAGCAGUGUCAACCUUGGAAGCCUCAGGAGAGUAAGCCAAACCGGGCUCCAAGGGUCCAGUUCCAUAGAAUUCAAAGGGUAUUUUUACUGCAUUACAGUCUCAGAGAUAAUUAAUUGCAGUAGGUUGGAAUAGAUGACCCUUGGGGACUUUCCCAACUCUACAAUUCUCUGGUUCUGUGAAAAGGAGCAAUAAAAUACAAUUGAAAAUCAAUAUGAAUCUUUAAUGUGACGUUUGCACCAUCAGCCAUAAAUCCACAGAGAUGCGUGGUCCUGCUGGGUGUAACAGCAUCUCCUGUGCUCAGCCUAGUCUCUCUGCCCAGGGCUGGAUUAAGCAUUAAGCAAAAUAAGUAUGGGCUUAGGGCAUCAAGAGAAGGAAUUUCCCCUUGGACCAUAUGGUGCAGCUGAACACAAACAUCAUUUCUACAACUAUGCAAAAAUAAACAUUACUUUCCAUCUUA